CGUCACAUCCGGGCUAUGCUAUGCUAUCUGAAACGGCGCUGCGUUAGAGUAAUAUAUAAUUAUUUAUAAAUUAUUAUUGUUGCUAAAGGGUGAGGAAUGGCUCGGCCUCUGUUCGGGGGGGCCAUGUCCGCUGUUCUCCCCCCCAACACCACAGAUAUCAGUGAGCUGAGGGAGAUCCCAGAUAAUCAGGAGGUGUUCGCUCACACCAACACUGAUCAGAGCUUCAUCAUCGAGCUGCUGGAGUACCAGAGUCACGUCCAGGACUCUCAAGCUGCCAGGUACCAUUAUGAGGACGUCGCGAGCGGUAAUAAAGCUGGACGGACGGAGGUGAAGGAGGUUCAGUGUGUUCCUCUCUCCCACCUCUCUCUGAGCGAGUGCAGCUCGGCCUGGAGCCUCAGCGGGGUGCAGCUCAUCUCCAAAUUUAACGAGCAGGCGGAGAACGUGGUGAACAUCCACUUGUGUUUGUUCCGUUUGCCGCAGUUCACCACCGACAUCCUCAUCACCUUCAACGAUCCCGUCAGUAUCAGUGCGCUCAGCAGUAGCAGUGGUGCAGGAGCUGAUGGAGCCUGGAUGCUGCAGGACUUCCAGACCUUCGUCCAGUCAUUUACACUGCUCGACCCAGGAGUGUUCGGAUAACACACACACACACACACACACACUCUCUCACACACACACACACACACACACACACACACACACACACACACACACACACACACACACACACACACACACACACAUCUUCAUGCAUCAGUGUUUAAUAAACGAGAUGUGAACUGAUGAACAGUU